AUGGUGUUGGCUAAAGCAGAAGCGCUACAACUGGAUGGCGCGCCUCCCCUGCAGGAAAUGGUGGAUCUGGUGGCGUGUCCAACAGUGGAGGUAGAAGCGCUCGCCCUGGUCAUAGGGAUGCAGUCUGGUGCUGUUAUGGCUGCUUCGGUGUUCCUGGUGGAACUCCCACAUGGGAUAGUGCCACUUAAUGUUCCGAGGUUUGUGAAGAUAUGCAAUCUACCGUCAUUCGUUGAGAGUGUUGGCUGUGAAGUGUUAUUGGACCCGACUGCUAUCGGAGACCCAAGACAGUUGGUGCAUAUUUGUGCCGCAUCUACAGCGACAUAUGAGGCUAAGGUCGUUACGUGGACAGAAGAGAGUGCAGAUCUGCAAGGUCCCUCUGAAUGCCUAUCGGUUCCACCAGUGAAUACCGAGGCUGACGACGACCUUUCUUCUCCGAUCACAUCAAUUGCCCCUCUGAAGGGACAGGGGUACUUCAUAGUAUCGAAGUCUGCUGGGACGCGCAUCGCGGUAUCAGCGCUUCCGGAUCGUCUACGGGAGAUAAACCUGGUGGGGUUCGACCCUGCUGCUAGAUUGCAAGGGGAAGUGUUAUCGCCGAAUGGAACCGAGAUCAUUGCCAUUUGCUGUGGGGGUACGGUGAAUAAGCAGCAGUCUAGAGUCAUGCUACGAAGAGCUAGGAGGGUGAUGGUGGACAUCGAGACGGCUUUGCUGACUGGUCCCCCGACUGUGCAGCCUGGCAUCUCCUCAGAUGAGCAGGCUAAUCAGCUGUUGACUACUUCGUUGUUGAUCUUCAACGAGCAAGGGGAGAUGCCAGCAGCAUCUGGAGGAAUGGAUGUCGAUGCUGGUCCGGGAACAGCAGUAGGAGCCCCACUGGAAAGUACGGAGGAGCUCUUGUCCAAGGCACGGGUGGUGAUGGCUCUCCAUUGUGUGUAUUGGGCGAUGAUGCGCCGUUUGCAUACACCCAGGGCUACGUUCAUGGCAGUAGUCUCACGGCCUUUCCCUGAAUCAACAAUGCAGAAUGAACGAAGAGCCAUACUAAACCUGUUGUGGUCGGGUGGUCAGGAAGAUCUACUUGGCGAACAACAAUUGCUACCGGUGGAUAUUGAACAGCCCAACUUCCCCUCACCGGACUGUCCACUGUGUGGCGAUGUGACGCCGUCUAAGAUGACUGUUGAUGAUAAUGCUCGUGUGUUCAUCUGCGAGGCGAAUCCGACCCAUAAGGCCUUAAUGUGCCAAAAGACACGAAAACCUCUGGUUUUCGGUGCACUUCUACGGUGCUCUUUCUGCUCCGCCGUGUUCGACGCGUUCGAGGUCAUCACAUCAAAUCGCUGUUGCUUGUGCGGUUGUCGAACUGGCAUGGAAGUGUGAAGGAGAUGAUAAUGAUGAAGAUGGGUGUUGCAUGGAGAUUACUGAUGAUGACUACUACUACCAUUACGACUUACAACCACGAAUCGCAGCU